AUGUCCACCUCGGUCGAGGCUGCGUUCGAUUUCAACUAUCGGCAGCGCCUGAUUGGCACGGCCAUCAAGCAUUGCAACAGUCCUGACAAAGACGUCCGGGCACCGUUAGUAGCUGGACUUCAGGAGAUGGUGGGGUCCGACCAGAGACUGGAGGGCUCCAAGGAGGCCGUGCUGGCUAUUGGGCGCUUGGCACAAGGCAUGGCUGGGCGAAAAGCCAAGGCAGCGAGAGCCGAGGAGCGUAGAUUUCUCGCACGCUUGCUUUCUAACAUCAUUUUCUUUCCUUUGCGAGCGCUGGUCUUCCUCGGCUGCCAUGAUACCGGUCAUAGUGACCGCGGGAGCAACCGUCGGCGUAUUAGCCUGAAGGACCCACAGACCAACGGCCAAGCACAUCGGGGCUUGCACUACGAGCUGCUGCAGGCAGAAACGCUGCACAGCCGUCGGAACACUGUUCGAGCAAUUCGAGGAGACAUGUCCAACGCAGAUGAGGAUGUCAAGAAGGGCUUGGCUGAGGCAUCCAUUACUCUGAGUGCCGAGCAGCUGCGAAAGCGCGAGGGUGAGCUUCUCUAUGAGGUCUUCGUCGUCUACCUCCGCAUCCUGCGGCAGCGGCAUUUGCACAGCCGGGAGUUGAUGGGCACCGUCCUUACUGGCCUUGCGCGCUGGGGACAACAGGUGAACCUGGAGCUUCUCCUCGAGAUCCUGUCAGAGCUUCGCCUGGCAGUCAAGGAUGGCCUUGGACGGCAGUUUCGCGGCUUGCUUUUUGAGCUGGAUGGCUGGUCCAUGAGCUUACCUCAGGAUGCUAUUGCCAGGGCUGACGAACUGGUGGCGUUGCAUGGCCAGGCUUUGCUGACGGAUGUGAGCUGGCUCUCGGACUCGAUGACGGAUGCAUUGGCAUUGGCUUUGCCAUCGAUGUACUCUGUUCACUCCGAGGAUCGAGUGUUGCCUGCAUCCCACCUGCACAUGAAGAUGCCAGAUCAGGCUCGGCUAAAGACUGCUUCAGAUUGGCUUGACUGUUAUGUUCGCCUGCGGGAAGUGCUGAUGCCUGGCGAGGGCCACGUCACUUGGCACCUCGAGGAGCCUUUCGGUGCCACGAGGUGGCAGGCGAACGGCCUCCAUUGGAGCUCAGCGCUCCAGCACACGCGUCAGGAGGGGCGACUAGAGGUCCAAGCUGUGGAGAGCUUUGCUCAGGACUGGUGCUUUGCCUACUACCUCGCCAACAGCCUGGACAUACAGGCACUGACCGACAACUGGAAGGCCAGCCUCAGGCGAUUGCCGCACACAUCGCCGCGACCUGUCAUUCGUUUCCACAGCGAUGUCGCGCUGCUGAAGGUUGACGAAAAAGACUGUUUUGUCUUCUCCUUCGGCUGCCUCGUAUGCUGGGGCUGCACUCCUCAAGAGGUCCAAGCUGCACGGGAGUCUGUGCGGAACUUCUUGAAGGAGCCUUUGUCCCCAGUACAAAUCGAAGUCGACCACCUCAACAUUGCUGGGGGCGAUGCGCUGCCCGUGUGCCACAAGGCCCAGGAGCGAAUCGCCAUUGCCUACUCUUUGGCGCAGUCUGUCCGACUCAGCUACUGGGAGCAACGUAUCGAUGAGUGGAUCGCUGCCACACGCACCAUUCCAGAAGACAUGGCGCGCACAGGCCGGGUGCUGCUGAGCAGCCGUCGCGUGGCAAAGAUGAUGGGGGAGCUCUUCACCUUGAAGAAUCAGGUGAAUCUUGAGUUCGACACUCUUGACACCCCCGAUGUGUUCUGGGAGUUUGAAGAAGCAGAGCCCAUCUAUGUUUAUGCGAGACAGCAUUUAGAUGUGGACCGGCGAAUCAACAUCGUCAAUCAACGCUUCGAGGUGCUUGAGGACAUGUUUGAUGUGCUCCAGGACAAAUUGGAUGAAAGGCAGGGGAACAGGCUCACUUGGAUCAUCAUUUGGCUCUGCGCUUUGGAGACUGUGUUCUCUGCUCUCAAGAUAAUUUGGACAGCUGGGCUGCUUCCGGCUGUGCAGAAUGCCGAGCAUUGGCUGGUGGAUCGUAUACCGUGGCCAAAUGGGACGCCCACAUCGAACGCCACCCAUUUUUCGGCAUCUGUGUCCCUGCAAGAGCGGCAGUUCUCCUUGCAGGAAGCACCCAGAGACCACCUCUUGGUUUUGCCCAUCCUCGGCACACUGGACCUCAUCCUGCAUCACGCAAAGCUGCUUGCCAAGAGCUGUUUGAACUGGGUUCAAGCAUAA